AUGGCUACCGUCGAAACACUCUACCUGCCCCACUACCCCGACUACCCCAUUUACAUAUCAUUCUUCAAGAACGUCUCAAACGCUCCCUUCCUACGCCAGCAACUCCUCGAAGCAAAUACCGCCUUCGAAUAUGCAUUCCUCGACGCCACAAUGAUCCUCUCCCCCCGCCACCUCUACGCCGCCACCUUCCGCGCCCUCAACGACGCCGUGCACACCCGCCUCAAGUCCCGCAACAUCCACUCCGAGCUCGUCUUCUCCCUCUCCCCAAACAACAACAUCGCCGACGCCUACCGCCGCUUCGGCAUCCAAGACAGCACCACCUCCCUCCUGGCCGUGAAAAUCCCUCUGUCAAACCACGACAUCACGGCCGAGAGCGUAUCGAAGCAUCUGGGGGGUGCGGUGGAGGGGGAGUCGGUGGCGUUCGGGGAGGAGGCGCUGGCGGGGGUGACGGAUUUGAAGGCGUUGCGGAAGGUGUAUAAGCUGGAUUCGGGGAACAAAGGCGGUGGGGGAAAGAAGGGGAAGAAGGGGGCGGAGGUGGUGGUGAACGGGAAUGGGGUGGGGAGUGGAAAGGAUGAGAGGGCGGAGAUGGAGGGUGUGAUUUUGGGGAUUAUGGCUUUGAAGGGUACUUGA